UACAUCGAGCACAUCUUUGAGAUCUCUCGCCGCCCCGACCUGCUGACCAUGGUGGUCCAGUACCGCACGCAGGUGCUGAAGAUCUCGGAGGAGGACGAGGUGGACACCAAACUCACCCGCAUCCCCAGCGCCAAGAAGUACAAGGACAUCAUCAGACAGCCCUCGGAGGAGGAGAUCAUCAAGUUGGCCCCCCCACCCAAAAAGGCCUGAGGGGGGGGUGAGGAAGAGGAGGAAGAGGAGGAGGUGUCCCCCCCCCCCACCACCUCAUGGACCCCAUAGAGUGGGCGGGGGGCACACGGUCACUAACAAAAGUCUUAAUGCCCCCCCCACCCCAAAAGCAGUGCUGGGGGGGGGCUCUGCGUGUGCGUGGGUGUGCACGUGGGUGUGUGUGUGCGUGUGACUUUGGGGGGGCUUUGCUAUUUCCAGGGACUCCCCCGGACCCUUUACCCAAAUCAUUGGGAUAAUGGAAAUAGGGACCCCCCCCAUAUUGUGGUUUGGUUUAUUUUAGGGGGGGGGGCACAGGGACCAUCCCCCUCAUUCCAAUGCUGGGGUGGGGGGACACAGAUAGGGACCUCCCCCUCCUCAGCAGUUAUGGGGUGGGAAGCAUAGACAGGGCCCACCCCAUUGUGGUGGGGGGGCACACAGAAUUCCCCCCCCCACCAGUUGUAGGUG